AUGGGGAAGAUUGUGUCCAAACUUCAGGAAAAGAUCUUGGAGAUUCACUUAUCAUCGGCUAGACUGCUUAUGGUCGGAUUGGACUCUGCUGGCAAGACAACGAUAUUAUACAAAAUCAAGCUCGACCAGGAUGACGUCCAGACGUUACCUACAGUGGGUUUUAACGUGGAGACAGUGACGGUGUGUAAAAACGUCACGUUUACCGUCUGGGACGUCGGCGGUCAGGAGAAACUCAGGCGGCUAUGGAACAUGUACUUCAAAGGAUCACAUGGGAUACUCUUUGUUGUGGACAGCUCAGAUAAAGAACGUCUGCCAGUCGCACGCGUGGAACUGAUGCGCAUGUGUAAAGCCGAAGAACUUAAAGGCAUUCCACUGAUUGUCAUGGCGAAUAAGCAAGACGUCGAAGGUGCACUUUCAACAUCUGAAAUAGCUGAUUGGUUGAAUUUGGGGAAGAUGAAGGACAGGUAUUGGUGUGUCCAAGGCACAUGCGCUACUCGCGGUGAAGGUCUGCUGGAAAAGCAUGACGACCAUGGCGACUUUGGUAAAAAUUACAAGAAAAGCAGCCAUAAGCUAAAAAGGUCAAAUUACUUGUGA